GUAACACUACUUAAUUGAGCCUUGUGAAAAGAAGAGCGGAAAACAAGGAAAAGUUUUCUUAUUAAUGGGAAGCGCGGUAAAAAUCAUUAAAUCUAAUUUGCUGCGCUUAAUGUGUGCGCUCAAUUAGCAUAAAAAGAUAUCGCAAAUCAAAGCUGGAACAAUGAGUGCGCCUAGUGAGUGUGGCGCGGGAGGAGGGCCGGUGGGCGGUGGAAGUACAGCUACAGUGCCAUCAGCCCCCCUGAAAACCAUUAAGAUACGCACCCAACAACUGCACACCCAUGCAGUGCCAUCGUUGUCAUUGCUGCCAUCUAUAUAUCCAUCAUCAUCAUCAUCUCUGGCAGCCACUGGAUCUUUAUCCGCAUCUGCAUCCGCAUCCGCAUCCUUGGUAUCGCACUCACAUCCGCCCCUGCAGCUGCGCGGCGUAAUAAACAAGUACUCAUUGCCAUCCCAUUUGCCAUCCUCUGCAGCGCACCCGGCGGUGGCCGCCAAGAUCACCCACGUGAAAUCCGACGGCGGCGGUGGGAUAUCCAUUGCGGGCACACCGAUCCUCAGCGGAGGCACAAUUAAGGUGGCGGCAGCCAAUCCAGUUCAACAAACAUCCCUGGGUGGCACUCCAAUUGCUCUGAAUGCAGGACAAGCUACCACGGCGGCUUCGAUCCGUGCCAUUGGCGCUGGUGGUCAGUCCACACAGGUGCGGGUGGUGAUGCCAAUGAUCAAGCAGCUAGAGAAUGUUACGGCCACCGGAAGGACUCAGAUUACAGCCAUACCAGCUGCACCGGCGAGGAGUGGGGCGAAUGCAUCGAUCACAGUUACCAGGCCCGUAACCCAGGCCACAUAUUUGCCGCGAGCCAGUGUGACGGCCACCCAGAUGGGAGGCGUUGGCGUUGGAGUUGGCCAGCGUCUCGUCACGCCAUUGAGAGCCACAUCAUCGGCCACGGUUACGCCCACAGCGCCAACAGUGCUGAGCUCAACCGGAGGAUUUGUACGCGGAGCAACAGCAUCGGUGAGCAGAAGUGGAGUGGCGCUCUCAUCGCAACCAUCGUCGGCUGUCAUCUCGUCCAGCAACAGUGGUGCUUGGAUGCAGAGUCAGGGACAGGUGCAACUGAUCCGAACCAUUCAUCAGCCGCGCCAGCGGAUUAUAACGACAUCCGCGGGGGUUUCGAAUGCCAAUGUAGUGACCACUACUCCAGUGCAGGCGCCAACAGCUCUUUCCGUUUCCGCUGGCCAGCCCUUGGCGACACAACAGACGACGGGACCGGGAGGAGGUCCUCAGGCCUAUGUGGCCACUGUAUUGCCACAGAGACAGCAUCAGGCUACACUAGUUUACUCCUCCAAUGUGUCUGCACCCAAUGCAAGUCAGAAUCCGGGGCAGCAAUUUAAUCCACGCUUUGCUGUGGCCACGCCCACAGGCGGAGUAACAACAACAACGCCCGGUGGAACGACAGUAACACCACGACAGGUGCGACCAAUACCGCUGGGCAAGAGUUUUCCAACCGCUAAGCUGAACACAACCAGCAUAAGUAUCAGGGCACCGAGCAUCCCGCAGCUGAAUACCAGCGUUACGGCAUCUCCAACGGCCGUUAGUGUUUCCGGUGGAGCAACUGUGGCGCCCGGGCGGGGUCCCGGCGCCGGAGGAACUGCUCUGACGGCCACUAAUUUGUCCACCACACGGAUCAUCCAGCUGCAGCAGCCAGCGACGGGAACCACUCAGCAGAUUAUCGGAUCCGGAGCUCGUCUGGCCGGGAAUGUGAUGUUGCAGCCAUUCUUGAUGAGCACUACCGCGGCGGCUAAGAUGGGCAUUCGUCCACCUGUCACCAUGACCGCUAAGGUUCAGCCAUCGCUAACUAUUACACAGCUUAAUCCCAUCGGAAAACUGUCAGCUGGCGGAGGAAGUGGAGGACCAACGAUGGCGCCGCAGGGCGUGGCCAGCAUCCAGGCUGUACCAGUGCCGAAUGUCUCCGCCAGUGUAGUCAAUCCGAGCUCGGUGACGGGUGCCACAUCGGCGGCCGGCGGAGCCACUGUCCUGCCACUGACCAUCAGCGGCAGAGGAGCGGGAGUGGGACCAGGCGGUAAUAUCCUCACGGGAACUCUGACGCCCAUCAAGAACGCAAGCGGCAUCACUUUGGGCAAAAUGAUGAUGGCGCCAGCUUCUUCUGCGCCUGGAGCAGAUGCUUCCAGUACAAGCGGGGCAACAGUGACCGGCUUUCAACGCACCUGGAAUCCUGUAGUUGCUUCACAGAGCCAGUUGAUGAAGAUCGAUGAGAAGGGAAGUGCUGCCACAAUCUACUACGAAUCUAUGCCAGCCUCCGCCUCCACAGGCGUUCUAUCAUUGACUACUACCACAGUGACGCAGAGCACCCAGGCGCAGGCACAAUUGGUUAGCAGUGCCGGUGGUAGCUUGUCGGUGUCUUCGUUACCCUUUGCAAGUCACGCGACUGCCGGAGCGGGAUCAGGUGGCGGCGGAUCGCAGGCUACUUUUACGGUGCUGCCGUCGGGUGCUGGUGGAACAGCCACCCGGACCAUUGGCCACCAGCAAUUGAUAAUACCAGCAGGACCAAAUAGUGCGCCGGCGCAGCACAUGGUUAUUCCGCUGCAUACGUCCGUAAAGGUGACCACGGGAGCAGGCAAUCCGCAACAAGCAGCUGCAAGUGGAGCACUGGUGUCCAGCUUUAUGCGCAAGCGGGAUGCAGAAGGUUCGCCAAUACGGGCGGCUAAAAAUCUAGGACCCACUUUGCUCUCAAUGGCUAGCAAUACCAGUGGACAGAACAUGCCACCGGUUUCGGGCACCACGUUCAAUAUUCAGCCAGUGUCCGUGACAGUACCUCAAUCAGUUGGCUCUGGACUGACCGUAGAGGCGCUGGCCAAGAAGGAACGGGAGCGAGUCACCCAUGGUGUAGCAAGUAGCGCCGCUAGUGUGCCUGUCACAGUUGGCCCUGUGAACUCAACAAGGAAUUCGAGGGCGGACUCGCCGGCUUCGUCGGACGGCUCAACUACAGUGUCGGCGAAUUCCUCACCUGGUGUGGAUCAGCAAUUACAGGACAGGAUUGGCGAUCCGCCAGCCACGGGAGGCGCUGGUAGGCGCGAUAAUUCCACGCAUUUUAAUCCCAUUAAUGAGAUGUACUCAUCGCACCAAUCGAUUCAGCAGAACCUUGGUCACUCCUCACUGGGAGCCCGCAGUGGUAGCAGUGCCUUUGUGGAUAUGCAAGCACCAACGCCGCAGCAACAGCAGCCUCAGCAGGUGCCUCAAUUUGUGGGAUCGACGCAGAUGCAACAGGGAACGCGUAUGAAUGGAACUGGUAACAGCUCCAGCUCCAGCUACGACUGCUCCUCUAGAAAAAAGGCGCGACGAUCGACCAAUGACAGCCAGCACUCUACGCAGAGUCAAGCAUCCUUAUCGCUGCCUCCUCCAAGUUCGGAACCAACGCCGCCGGCUGGCGCUUCGUACAUGCAGAAGCACAACAAUGGAGGACUGCUGGUGACAGCAGCGACCCCGGGUGUUGCUCCCAAUAGUGCGCCAGGCGACGCCAACCACCGGAAUAGUACACCUGCUGUGGCGGGCAACAAGGAGAACGCCAAUCCCGUGGACUUUGUGAUUCGUCGUCCGCGCAAUUGUGCUUUGCUCAAUACGUAUAAGCCGACACAUAAGUUGGCCAACAACCAUUUCCAUCGGUACACUGAUGUUAAGCCAAGGGAGGAGCGGCGGGCCACAGUCAUUGAUCUGGCCAAUCAGCCAAAUGUGCAGGGCAAAAUCAAUGGAUGGAAAAUUUAUCAUUUACGCUCGCAAAUGGAGGACUUGAAUGAAUCCGAAGUCUUUAGUCUGGGCAGGCUGGAGACCAUGCUGCAGGAUCUCGAGAAGGACAAGGAGAAGCACAGCGAAAUUGAGCGAGUUACUGAACUGCUAAAGGGCAACAUUCAACGCAGUAAGAUUAUAACCGAUGGCAUCAACGAGGCACAGAAUCAGUUAAUGAAGAUCUUCGAGCAUAAGGCACACGUUUCCGAUAUAAUCACCCGCUGCGCAUCGAAAAGGAAUUUCAAGAAGCGCGAAAAGAUCUAAAAGAAAUUGACAAACGGAGAUGGCCAGCCAAGUGUAUUGAUAAGUUGUACAUUACCUAAUCUAAGCAGAAAUUAUAGAAUCCAAGAUAAUUACCUUAAACGCGAUCGAUUUGUAAGUCGUACAAUUACAAAGAAAACCAGCAAUAUUUUUUCAAUUUCCUAAGCUAGAAACACAAAUACAAAAACCCUCGAGUUGUAUUAAGUAGAAAA